AAGUUAGGGUGGGAGAUCCUAGCAAGAUCCAUCAAAGUUGGGGUUGCUUGUAUCCAAGGCAAGAUGCUGCAGGUUCGGUUUGGGGUGGUGCGCUCUGUCCUGGCGCUUACUCUGCUGCGGUGGCACACCGGCACUGCUGCCCUCGCUGAGGCAGCUCCACAGCCCUUUGACUCUUCCAUAGUAUUAGGCAUGGAAGCACAUUCCGCAUCCAGCGAAGAGAAGUCAGCCACUGACCUGGCAGCUAAGCUGCUGCUUCUUGAUGAGCUAGUGUCUCUGGAAAAUGACGUGAUUGAGACCAAGAAGAAAAGAAGUUUCCCAGGGUUUGGGUCUCCUCUCGACAGACUUUCUGCUAGUUCGGUAGAUCUGAAAGGCAAGCAGAGGAAGGUGGUGGAGUUGCCCAAGCGACGAUUUGGAAUUCCUCUAGACCGAAUCGGAACGAACCGUCUCGCCAGCACCAGAGGUUAGCAGAGGGUGCAAGUGCAUCUAUGCUGGAUGAUUGAUGCUGUAUCGGGAAUGUCACAGAGAUAUGGAAGAUGCUUCAGAGAGUGUCUUGUCAUUGAUUAAUGAUUCAACAUUUAAGGAAUUGACCUGCUGCAAAAUCUAUUUCACAUUGUAUUUUACAAACAGUAACAGAUUCAAUCCAUCAGAUCAGAACAUUCUCACAGUGACGUUUUGGUCUGACAAUAAAAGGGAACAGAAAAUGAGUGUAUAUAAUUUCACUGCAUGACCAUUUUUUUUAACUCAUAAAAGUUUCUUAUCCUAGCAAGGACUAUUAGAAUCUUUGAAGAAAAAUAAAACUUUUAGAGAUGCCAACAGCACUCCAGAAAGGCAGAAUUGCUUUGUAAAUUUCACUCAAGAGGAUUGGUUAUU